GCAUCUCAUUUGGGAAGCGAAAAUUACAAUUUUCGUAGUUAGUGUAAUGAAAAAUAAUACUGACAAGUUUACUGGUGAAUAUCGUAAAGACUUCCUUAAAAAUUAUUUGCAAAGACUGGUGGUGACAUUAAUUAACAAUGGUGUUCAAGUGUCAAGAAGAUAGCUACUUGAAAGAAUUCGCUACAACCGUGGUUCGCUGCGAGCCUACCGAAUUCAAUGCAAAAAUAAAUAACGACGAUGCAUCGGUUAAAGGAUACGAAGUUGUUCUUGAAGAUACAAUUAUCUUUCCUGAAGGAGGUGGCCAGCCCUGUGACCACGGUCUUCUGAAUGAAAAACCUGUGCUAAAUGUCAUCCGUAAGGGAGCAAUCGCUAUUCAUUACGUUCAAUCGGAGGAUUCAUUUAACGUCGGCGAUGUUGUACAACAAAAGGUCGAUUGGGAUCGUCGAUUCGAUCAUAUGCAACAACAUUCAGGUCAGCAUUUGAUAACCGCUAUAUUCGAACAAGACUUUGGCUUUGACACAACGACUUGGAACUUGGGUUCGGACACCUCUUUCGUCGAAUUAGACACCAGCAAUGUGACACCAGAUCAGUUGCAGAAAGCGGAACAAAAAAUUAACAAAUUCAUUGCAGAGCAGACAAAUGUGUCGGUGGUGCGGGUCAGCGGCAAUGAAAAGGAAAUACCGCCAGAGGUAACUAGAGCAACCCGUGGCCUACCCAAAGAUCAUGUCGGUGAUAUACGAGUGGUGACUUUCGACGGGAUCGAGAGCAAUAUGUGUUGUGGCACCCACGUUAAAAAUCUGGCUGAGCUUCAAAUGGUGAAGCUUUUGAAUGUGGAAAAGUGCAAGGGACGAGUGUUGGUUCAUUUCGUUGUCGGCAAUAGAGUACUGAAGAAAUUGGCUGAGUGUUUCAACAGAGAACUGGAAACGAAUGUACUACUCAAAUGCGGCCCACCUACUCACCUUGAAAUGAUCCAGAAAAUCAAGGAAAAUUUACGAACAACUCAACGCACCUUCGGAAAGGUCAUGAAAGAACUAGCUGUCCACGAAGCCGAUAAAGUCAAACAAUUACCGGAUCCACCCAAAUAUUACUGUUUACAUCGAUCCGAUGGAAUCGAAUCCGAUUUCUUCUCCGUUUUCACUCGGCACCUCAACAACAAGGACAUGUUUCUGUUGUUAACAUCUGGCGAUGAAUCGUCAACAAAGGGUCAAAUGCUAUGCCAAGGAAAAGUCGAUGAUGUUGAUAAGCUCGGUCGAGCUUUGUGCGAAUUGCUGGAUGGCAAAGGGAACGGCAAAAAUGGUAGAUUCCAAGGGAAGGUAAACAAUUUGAAAAAACUUGAUGAAUGUCGAAGGGUUAUCCGAGAAUAUUUCGAUAAAUAAAAUGUGAUGAAAA